AAUCGGGAAGCGUUCCUUCCGCCCCGGAUCCACCACCAAGGGAGGGAGGAGAAGCCUCCGUCACUGCAGUUGCAGGCGACGCUUUCCCAGGCUCGCCACCACCUGCGCUCCCCCGUCGUAAACGUCGCCAUCGCCUCCACCCCCUCGCGUCGCCUUCUAUCUUCUUCUCUCCUUUUCUUCCUUGGAACAAAAAAAUCGCCUUCUAUAUUUGGGGGAGAAGAGAGCCUUUGCCGCUCUCUCACUCGCGCUGUCUCGUAUCUCCUCGGUUGCUCAUUCCCUGCUCGUUUGUCGCCAUUGUCGCACCUCGUGCGCUGCUCUGUGAAGACAUGGCGAGCUCGGGGCCAACGUCUGGAAAGAAAUCUCUAAAUAAGGUGACUUUGCUGUUCAAAUUACCAUAUUACACACAAUGGGGGCAGAGCCUUCUGAUUGCUGGCUCGGAACCGGCACUGGGAUCGUGGAAUGUCAAGCAAGGACUGUCUCUGAGUCCAGUUCAUCAGGAUAAUGAGCUAUUCUGGUGUGGAAGAGUGUCUGUUGCUGCUGGCUUCACCUCUGAGUACAAAUACUAUCUAGUGGAUGACAACAAGAAUGUCUUGAGAUGGGAGGCUGGGGAGAAAAGGAAACUAGUCCUGCCAGAGGGCGUUCAGGAUGGAGAUGUAAUUGAAAUCCGUGACUGGUGGCAGGAUGCUUCUGAUGCUCUUUUCCUUAGAAGCGCAUUCAAGAAUGUCAUUUUCAAUGAUACUGAAGGUGUUAAAAAAGAAUUGCAGUCGGUGUCCCUCAACAAAAGUUUGGAUUCUGAAGAUAUCGUUGUCCAGUUCGUAAUUAGCUGUCCUCGACUUGUAUCUGGCUCUACUGUCGUCGUCACUGGAAGUAAUCCUCAAUUAGGAAGAUGGCAAGCUCAAGAUGGUCUCAAGCUGAGCUAUGUUGGAGAUUCCAUAUGGAAAGCAAACUGUGUUUUGAGGAAGUCUGAGUUCCCUGUAAAAUACAAAUAUUGUCAAAUCAGUCAAGCAGGAAACCCUUCAUUGGAGCUAGGUCCAAACAGGGAGGUUGAUAUUGAUUUAUCAUCGCCCAAGCAAUCCAGAUAUGUCGUGUUAUCAGAUGGUGCCCUCAGGGAUGCACCAUGGAGGGGUGCAGGUGUUGCCGUACCUGUGUUUUCAAUCAGAUCAGAUGAGGACCUUGGUGUUGGAGAAUUUCUAGAUCUUAAACUCCUUGUUGACUGGGCAGUCAAUUCAGGCUUCCAUCUUGUCCAGCUCCUUCCGAUCAAUGAUACUUCAGUCCAUGGGAUGUGGUGGGAUUCGUAUCCAUACAGCUCGCUCUCUGUGUUUGCGUUGCACCCCUUGUACCUAAGAGUACAAGCACUUUCAGAUUCAAUUCCAGCGGAUGUUAAGGAAGAAAUUCAGCAGGCAAAGAAGCAUUUGGACAAAAAGGACGUUGACUAUGAGGCAACGCUGUCUACAAAAAUGUCGAUUGCUAAGAAAAUAUUCAAUUUAGAAAAGGACAAAGUGCUAAACUCCAGUUCUUUCAAGCAGUUCUUAUCUGAAAACGAGGAAUGGUUGAAACCAUAUGCGGCAUUUUGCUUUUUGCGGGACUUUUUUGAGACAUCUGAUCACAGCCAAUGGGGUCGGUUUUCUGAGUUUUCCAAGGAGAAGCUUGAGAAGCUUAUUUCUGAAGGUACUCUGCACCACGACGUUAUACGUUUUCAUUACUAUGUUCAGUACCAUCUAUAUAUGCAAUUAUCAGAGGCAGCUGCAUAUGCAAGAAAGAAAAAGGUUAUCCUGAAAGGUGAUUUACCUAUCGGCGUUGAUAGGAAUAGUGUGGAUACUUGGGUAUACCCGACUUUGUUCCGCAUGAAUACUGCUACCGGAGCACCUCCUGAUUAUUUUGACAAGAAUGGACAAAAUUGGGGUUUCCCUACAUAUAACUGGGAGGAGAUGUCAAAGGAUAAUUAUGGGUGGUGGCGAGCUCGUCUGACACAGAUGGCAAAGUACUUCACAGCAUACAGGAUAGACCACAUAUUGGGUUUCUUUAGGAUAUGGGAGCUUCCAGAUCAUGCUGCAACAGGUUUAGUUGGGAAAUUUAGACCUUCGAUUCCUCUUAGUCAGGAGGAGCUUCUAAGUGAAGGCCUAUGGGAUUUUGAUCGAAUGAGCCGACCAUACAUUCGACAGGAAUUUCUGGAGGAGAAGUUUGGAUCCUUUUGGACAGUCAUUGCAGCCAACUUUCUAACUGAGUAUCAGAAGCAGUGUUAUGAGUUUAAAGAAGAUUGCAACACAGAGAAAAAGAUUAUUGCGAAGAUUAAAACAAGUCCUGAAAAGUCACUAUGGUUAGAGAAAGAAGACAGUAUCCGCCGUGGUCUUUUUGAUUUUAUACAGAAUAUUGUCCUUAUCAGAGAUCCAGAGGACCCCACAAAAUUUUAUCCCCGUUUCAACCUGGAAGAUACUUCAAGUUUUAGGGACCUAGAUGAACACAGCAAAAAUGUCCUCAGAAGACUGUACUAUGACUAUUAUUUUGCUCGCCAAGAAAAUCUCUGGCGUCAAAAUGCACUGAAGACUCUGCCUGUCCUGUUGAAUUCUUCGGAUAUGUUGGCGUGUGGAGAAGACCUUGGUCUUAUCCCUGCUUGUGUUCACCCUGUUAUGCAAGAACUUGGGUUGAUUGGAUUGCGUAUCCAAAGAAUGCCCAGUGAACCAAACUUGGAAUUUGGUAUUCCUUCUCAGUACAGCUAUAUGACGGUUUGUGCUCCCUCAUGUCAUGAUUGCUCUACUUUACGUGCUUGGUGGGAAGAAGAUGAAGAAAGAAGAAGUCGUUUCUACAAAACUGUAGUUGGCAGCGAUGAAGAACCCCCAUCUCGCUGCACCCCAGAAGUAGUGCAUUUUAUUGUUCAGCAGCAUUUUGAUGCUCCAUCAAUGUGGGCAAUCUUUCCACUUCAGGACCUUCUCGCACUGAAAGACAAGUACACCACAAGACCAGCACCAGAGGAAACAAUCAAUGACCCAACUAACCCAAAGCACUACUGGAGAUUCCGUGUCCAUGUGACGUUGGAGUCUCUGUUGGAUGACAAAGACAUCCAAGCAACCAUCAAGGACCUUGUCACAAGUAGCGGGAGGUCCUUCCCUGGAAAGGUGGGAGGUGCCGACGAAAGCGGAGAGAAGCUAUCUAAGGUGCAGUUGAACGGUAAAGCUUAGGAAAGGAUCGCAAGAACAGCUGAAUGCGACCACGAUUACAAGUAAAUAGAAUAAGUGACACAUUGCAUUACCAUGUUGGUUGGUUGGGCUUAUGUUGUUUCAGCUAGAAAUUUCUUACUCUCAAGUUCUUUCAACACUGGAGAUAAGAAGUGUCACCCAUCAAGUCAGCAAGUGAAAUAGUUAAUCUCUUGUCAGUUUCCAUUCAUAUCAUUGUUCUUAUGAUUUCUUAUUGGUUCAUUUCUGAUUCAGCCUGAUUAUUCAAGCCUUGAAA